CCUUGUUCUUAAUAUUUCUUCAUUCACUUUCCAUGAAAGAGUUGUUGUGUUGUGAGUACCGGGGUUUGUUUUUCUAGUCCUCGCCCGACCCUCCAACCAUCUCUCUUUCUUUUUGUCUAUCAAGAUGUCUCCGACAGCUGCUUUAACCUCACAAGCUUCCAACUGGCAUCGCCCCCUCGGUGACUCCAAAAAACCAAUCUCCUUUUUUCACUUAUAUGCAAAUCCAGCUGGCCCUUCUAUUUUAUCAUGGCCUAGUAGGAAGACUGAAAAGACACCAAGAUCUGUCCGUUUGUAUGGUUUAUUUGGAGGGAAAAAGGAAAAUAAUGAAAAGAGUGAUGAUGCGUCAUCAAAGGCAGGAAUACUGGGUAAUAUGCAAAAUCUAUAUGAAACUGUCAAGAAAGCCCAAAUGGUAGUCCAAGUUGAAGCAGUGCGUGUGCAGAAAGAGCUUGCUACGGCAGAGUUUGAUGGUUAUUGUGAAGGUGAGCUAAUUAAGGUAACUCUUUCUGGUAACCAGCAACCUUUGCGCACUGAGAUAACUGAGGCUGCAAUGGAAUUAGGAGCCGAAAAACUCUCUCUUUUGGUUACCCAAGCAUACAAGGACGCAUACCAGAAAAGUGUCCAGGCAAUGAAGGAGAGAAUGAGCAAUCUUGCCCAGAGUUUAGGAAUGCCACAAGGCCUCGGCGAGGGAUUGAAAUGAUUUAGAGAUUUUGAGCGCUGCAUUUGUUUAUAUUGUUACAAAAAAAGCCAAGAUAUUAGUAGUGACAGGUGAGUUUCAAUUUUCAUGGAUUUUUUUCUUCUUCGAUGAAUAAAAGAAUAA